UACUUCAUUGGGAAAGGAUGUGGGCUCUGAAAUGCUAUAAAUGUGAGUGCUGUGGGAGAGAUUUUGUCAGCUGCAAGGCUCUGAGGUAUCACCUUCGACAGAAGCAUUUUGGAAAAGUUCACUGCGAAGAAUGUGGCCACGAAGUCCUGAGGGAGAGACUGCACGAUCACAGUGAGUCUGUACAGGAGAGGGCAACCAUGGAGACACACAAGCUCAGCUGGGAAAAUCUAGAAGAAAGGAAUAUAAGGCAUAUGGCUACAGAAAUAUCAAAAACCUGUAGGAUGUGUUCAAGGCGCUUUGGAACAGUCCUUAGUCGGGAGAACCAUGAAAUACAAGAGCAUUCCUUCACAGUCAGUAAGAGAGCCCAAAUGUCUAUAGGAUUUUCACCUCAUAAUAUGUUGGAGUGUCAGAGUCCGCAAGAGCUACAGAGAUUUGCAGAUGAAAAUAUCCGCCCAGCCUCAGGUCUUCUGAGCGCUGCCUGUGUGGCUGAGAUCGGGGCCCUGCUCAUGCGGAUCCAGGCUUGCUUUCCGGUGCCGGCCACCCGAGUGAUCCAGGGUGGUUCUUAUGUAAAGGGGACUGAUACCCAAGGAUGCUCUGAGAUUGACAUCGUGUUGUUCAGUGAUGUGUUUGCUAAUGUGAACCAUUGCAAGAAACAACUGAGAGAAGGGUUGGAUGCUCUGAGAGAAAACUUGAAGCAAACUUCUCAUGGAAACAGGAUCCUAAUGGGAAAGAGAGCACCCUUGUCUUUAAGAUUCAAUUUUAUAUGUACGGAAGGUCUUCACAGGCAUUCCUUUGAGAUCAUGGCCUACUGUGACGUCCUGGGGCCCGCCCCCUCCACAGGUUUAAAACUUCACCUUUACCGCAAACUGUACCUCUGUGAUGACAGGGACAUGGCGCAGCUGUGUGCCUUGGCCCUCUUGCCAUACCAAGUGGAUUUUGUCAAGGCGUCUGUGGCAAGGGUGAAGGAGCUCACUCGUUUAAUGAUACACUGGUUCAAGACAUCAUUUGCCAGGUCCACGGAGGAAAAUAAGUUCCGGAGACUUCCCUCCUCUUACACAGUGGAGCUCCUCACCAUUCACAUCUGGGAGCUGGCGGGAAAGCCGCUGCUCUUCAGCCUGGUGCAGGGAAUGAGGGCAGUCCUCAAGCUUCUGGUUCGAUAUGCAGAAAUUGAUGUUGUUUGGCACAGACACUACCAUCCCAAGUUCCCCAUUUUUGUAAAGGUGAACCAAAAACACACAAGGCCGUUCAUUUUAGACCCUGCCAAUCCUACUGUCAACGUUUGUGACACCUGCAAUGCCUGGGACGAAGUUGCCCUUGUGGCGAGACAUAGCCUACUGAAGCCUCUUUUCAGCAGAGUGAGAGCUGAGCCCCCUUGGCUUUUCACAGACGACUGGUAA